UUCAAAGGUAUCUUCAAAGUUAUACCAGUUUCUUUUUUUCUGUCCGAAACAUUCCCUGUUCCUUCAUGGCUUCUUCCAUACAAACCUGAAACAUUUUUAUUAAAAAUAAAGAAGCCAGACUCCUUCUUCUACGCCUUUAUUCGAGACUACGGAUAACUUGCUCGGACUUCGAAUUUCCCUUAGAAAGAUUUCCUUCAGAGAGAAUUGAUGACGUGGCUUCGAACGCUGAUUCAAUCGCUCCUUGUGUGCCUAUGUUAUGUUCAAGCAGUCUUGACGGUACUAGUAUAUGAUCAUCAACAUGAUGACAGGCUCAUAAUUUUUAUGACCAGCUGUUUUGCGUUGGGAACUUUGAUGUCUAUAUCAGUCUUCCUUUCGCCCUCACCAGUUCUCAUUCUGCUUCAAUAUGUUCUAUCUGCUUUCUAUUUCGGCUCGACUAUUGUUUUGUUGGCAUACCUACCGACUUUUUUGACUGAUUCGGAUUUAGAUCAAGAAAAGGCAACCUCACUAUUUAAUGUUGCACCAGUUCUUUUGUCUUUGGCAUUAGCUUCAAUGAUGGCCCUAGGUGCAUCUCUUACUAUAAGUUUACUUAUGAAAACUGAGACAAAAACAAGUUCUUCAAUCCCCACUAAAGAUCGUGAGUCUGAGGCCACUGGUUGGCAAUCAGAUCUGCCAAGUGUCAAAAGCUUAUCCUUACAUAGGACUCAAAACACAUUAUAUCAACCUCCAAUGGUCCAUGUUGAUCUAGACGAGUGCAUGUCGUCGGAUAAGACACUUCGCAAUAAGGAUUCAGAGCGGACGUUGGUGACUCCCGAAGUACUGCGUGAGGAUGAUUUGUCCCUUAAUUGGCUUGUUCAAGCUUCAAUGUCAAACUCUGACACUUAUGAGGGUAUGUCAGAGAACUGGAUGAGCUCCAAACCUCUUUGCAUAGCCACCGGUAAAACCGACUUAUGCAAAAAGCCACUGCAUAAAGGAACACUAUCAAAUACAUUAGGCUCUAUCAAUAUGCCUAAAGUAAGAAUGAAUCGCUCGAACACAAUAGGGCUGAUUCUAGUCUCCAAGACAAUAUCUGAUUCACUGAAAGAAUCACACUUACCAGAUGUCAUGUACAAAAGAAGACUGCGUUCAAUUUCUCUUGAUAAGGCACUGCUAAAAAACGAUGAAAUUGGGCCCAAUGUCACUCAUAUUACAAGCUUGCAACAAACGCCUGUAUUCUCAGCAGCUCAAACUCAUUUUAAGGAUGCCAAGCAGAUUGGGCUUUUCUGUGAUCUUGCUGUUGUAGAUCAUGAAAACAGUCACACAAAUCAAAAGCUGCUUUCACAUGAAGAAAGUCUCACCAACAGCUUUCGGCAUUCCAAAAAGUCUCAGCCCUUUGCCGAUCUCAUGGAAUCCGGUAACCCGCGACUCGAAAGCAGCUCUUUAAUACCCCAAGAUAUGUCUUUCGUUCAAACAUCGCAAAGUACUGAUAAGCGUGUUCUGCAAAAGAAUCAAAUCUUAUUACCAGCUUUGGAGCCCGGGAGUAGCUAUAUAUCCGACCACAAUCCAGCUGCAAGCUCUUCUGAAAAAGACAUUUUGGAAGGACUCGAGACAAUACCAAUGGGAGGACCAAGAUGGGUAAAAUCGGCUGACAAUAUCCAAAACUUGAUGAAAAACGUUUCUUUGAAUGAAUGGGAAACCAAUAAAGACCAAUGGCUUCAACUGUGUGAAGCAAAUGGCCCAAUCUUUUUCAGCUCCAGUUAUCACCAGAAGCUGGCUGCACCAUCCUUGCACACGUAUCGCGAACAGUGCACUCAUGGAUCAAGAGUAUCCACCAACACAUUCUCCGCUCUGUAUGAUACCCUUCAAAAAUGUGCUACACCUCAGCAAGAUGUCUUGAAAGAAGCUGAAGAUCAAUCCGCGCAAACCUCACCCAUUAAAAAGAUAAUUGGCCGUUUAAAGAGGAAAGACUCGAAUCUCGAAACCAGGCCUCCAAGGAUUGAAAAACAUAAGCAUUCCAGCUCGAUAGCCACGUCGAUGAUAUCAGUGGCUUCAGGCAUCUCCAGCAAGUCUGGGUCUCCGCGGAAAGCAAGAAAAAUGUUUUUCUCAAGAUCACUGCUUGAUCUACAGUCUAAAAAGACUGCUUUUAUACGGCCUCCAGCAAGUAGUUUUGGUGGAAUCUUGCGAGAAGAAAACUCUGGAGUUUUUGACAAGCCAUACCCCAUGAACCCCCCUGAUAAAUCAUGGGAUUGUGAAAUUGGAGAUUUUCUGGACAAGUCACGUGUGAGCAGUGUUCCAAGUGCUGUCAUUGGGAAGUAUGAUCGAGAGAAAUGGAGAGCUGUGAAGGAAUUGCAAAAUACAGUCACACAACAAGAUCUUUAAGAGUAAGUACAAUUUGAAAGUUCUUAAAAGAUGUUUUUAAGAUUUCGGGACUAACUUACUUGUAAUGUUUCUGUUUCAAUACCUUUUCUGUUCAUAAAAAAAAAUCAAUUCACUUGCAUGGUUUCGGAUGUUUCUCAUGUACACCUUUUUGAUUCUUAACACCUAAUUCUUUUCCUUUUUAAAAUUGCUGCUUAAAAAUCAAAAGUAGAAGAAAAUCUAGUGCUAGUUUCAGAAUGUUCUGCAGGGGAAUCUG